UCCUCUCUCUACAAACAAGAAACUUGGAGGAGAACCCGUGACGCCGUCUCCUCCCAUCUCUCCUAAAACCUUAUCUCUCCCACUCGACGCAGUCCCACAGUCCCUUCCACAAAACCCAAAUCCCGAAAACCACUCUCUCUCUCUCUCUCUCUCUCUCUCUCCAGAGGGUGCAGCAAAACCCUUCAAUUUUCACCUCACAGCCAGCAGCCUCCGAUGGAGUCCAAGCUUUUUGCUUCAGAGGAGGAGGCGCAGCACCUCUCAAACGCACCAGGUUCUUCAUUUCUUUCUUCUCAGUACUCUGUUAUCGAUGAUUCAUCGAAAACCCAUGUUUCCAAAAUUGAUAAUGACGAGAAAUUUAGCGGGGUUGGUGGCGGUAGUGACGGUGGUGGGUCCGAGACGGAGGAGGGGUUUGUAAGCGGGGAGGAGGAGGAUUUUGAUUCCGAGAGGGCGUUUGUGAGAGGCGGAGAUACCGUGGUGGUUGGAGGGGUGCAGGAGGAUUCCGGUGUGAAGUUUGUUAACCCGUCGGAAUUCUUCUAUCCGACGAGUACGAGUGGUCUGCGGCCGAUUGCCAAGGUAUCGGUGGAUGAUGACGACGGCGAGGAGGAUGCUGGGGAGGAAGUGUUUAUGGAUUCGAAGAGUUUAGAGGGUGGGAGUCCUAAAGGUGUUGUUUUGGGGGAUAGUGGGUUGGGGAAGAGUGAAAAUUUGGGUGAAGUGGUCAAGGAAAAUGGUGUUAGUGGUGAAGAAGAAGAUAAGGUAGUUGAGAAUUCGAAAUUGGUAGAGGGUUUGGGCUCGGUGGUGGAGAAGCCGGUGGAGGUGGCUGAAGUAGAUGAUAAGAAGGCUGUAGAGCAGCCGAAGGAGGAGCAUGCUUUCAAUGGCGAAACGGAAGUUGUGACAGAGAGUAAAGAAAAUUGUGUGGUGGUGGAUGGGCCAGCUGAUGAGAAGUUGGUUGAGGUUGAAGAGAACGGAGUGGAAAUUACAAGUGGAGGUGACUCAGUUGUGCGGGAUAUACAUGCCAAUUUGUCUCAGACAGGAGCAGCUGUUGUCGUUGGUGAUGUAGAGACGAUUGAGGAAUCUGAAAUAAAAGGCUUGGAGGUUGAUGAAGGUGUGAGUUUGGAUAAUGGUUUUGAUCAAAUUAGCCCUGAGACUGAAGAACCAAAUGACUUGGAAUCUGUGGCUGUGGAUUCUGAGGGUUUAGGGUUUAGGGAAGUUGUGAGAGAGAGUAAAGAAAAUGUUGUGGCGGUGGAUGCGCCAGCUGAUGAUAAGUUGGUUGAGGUUGAAGAGAAUGGUGUGGAAAUUACUAGUGGAGGUGACUCAGUUGUGCAGGAUAUACAUGCCAAUUUGUCACAGACAGGAGCAGCUGUUGUGGUUGGCGAUGUAGAGACGAUCGAGGAAUCUGAAAUAAAAGGCUUGGAGGUUGAUGAAGGUGUGAGUUUGGAUAAUGGUUUUGAUCAAAUUAGCUCUGAGACAGAAGAACCAAAUGACUCGGAGUCCGUGGCUGUGGAUUCUGAGCGUGACAGAGCGGUUGUUCCCAAGUCUGGGAAUGUAGAACUUGAUGGAGAGAAAGCUGCUAUUGUUGCUGGUGCUGAUGAAGUUGAUCUUGAGAAGAGGCCAGAAAGGAAGGAUGAACUGAAAUCUAAUUCCGAAACCAGAGAGAAAGGGCUGGCAACGGAAUCAGGUGCUGAUGUGAUGUCAGAUGACAAACCAUCGGUAGGGGAUGGAGCUGAAACAGAAACUGUAAACUUAUCAGAACAUGAACCGCAGAUAGAGGCAAAACCGGAGAACGGUGACUUGAAUGCACAUGAUGAAGUGCAUGAAUUGGAAGCGGCUGUCUGCGGAAAAUAUGUGGCACCUGAAUUUCUGGAUUCAAGUUCUGAUAGCCACAAAGUAAAGCUAGUUGAGGAAGUUGAGGAGAAGCAUAUCCCAGAUGAAAUUGGCAUUGGAUCUGUGGAUGCAAAUUCCAUUUCAAACAGAGAGAUAAGAGUUGAAACUGACGAUGACGGUGAUAAUGAUCUUCAAUAUGAUGAUAAGGAUCUUCAAGACGAUGAAGGUGAGAAUGAAGGUUCAGUUACAGAUGCGAACAAUGAAGGUAUGAUUUUUGGAAGCUCUGAGGCUGCUAAACAGUUUUUGGAACAGUUGGAGCGAGGAUCCCGUGCUGGUUCUUACUCAGGUGCUGACAGUUAUCAUGAUCAUUCACAGAGAAUUGAUGGCCAGGUUGCCACGGAUUCAGAUGAAGAAGUGGACACUGAUGAGGAAGGGGGCGGAAAAGAGUUAUUUGAUUCUGAUGCACUGGCAGCGCUUCUGAAAGCAGCAACAGGUGCUUCCUCAGAUGGUGGCAAUGUUACAUUCACCACCCCAGAUGGAUCCAGGCUUUUCUCUGUUGAGCGUCCUGCUGGGUUGGGAUCAUCAGUCCGGUCGUUGAAACCUGCUUCCCGACCAAACAACUCGAACCUUUUUUCAUCUUCCAAUGUCACAGUUGGGGGCAGUUCUGAGAACUUGAGUGAAGAAGAGAAAGCGAAGCUCGAAAAGUUUCAGCAAAUAAGGGUUAAGUUCUUGAGGCUCGUGCAGAGAUUAGGUGUUUCUACAGAAGAGUCAGUACCAAGGCAGGUUCUAUACCGCCUAGCUCUUGUGUCAGGGAGGCAAAACAGUCAAGAAUUUAGCCUUGAAGCUGCAAAGAUGACCGCUCUUCAGCUUGAAGCAGAGGAGAAGGAUGAUUUGGACUUCUCCUUGAACAUACUGGUUCUUGGGAAGACAGGUGUUGGGAAAAGUGCCACUAUAAAUUCGAUUUUCGGUGCAGAAGUGACCCCAAUUAAUGCUUUUGGACCUGGAACAACUGCUGUGAAAGAAAUUGUUGGAGUGGUGGAUGGAGUCAAGAUUAAGGUUUUUGAUACACCGGGUCUGAAAUCUGCUGCAAUGGAACAGGGCAUCAAUCGCAAAAUCUUAUCUUCUGUGCAGAGGCGCAUGAAAAAAUCCCCCCCAGAUAUUGUCCUCUAUGUGGAUCGGAUGGACUCCCGAAGUAGGGAUCUAAGUGAUGUGCCAUUGUUAAGAUCAAUCACUAAUGCCUUUGGUCCUUCAAUUUGGCGAAGCACCAUAGUUACUCUGACUCACAGCUCUUCUGCUCCUCCUGAUGGACCAUCAGGUUCCCCUCUGAAUUAUGAGAUGUUUCGUAAUCAGCGGGAACAAAUAAUGCAGCAGACCAUUGGACAAGCUGUUGGCGAUCUAAGGUUCAUGAAUCCGAGUAUGAUGAGUCCAAUAUCUCUUGUAGAGAACCACCCAUCUUGUCGGAAGAGAGAUAAUCAGAAAGUUCUCCCUAAUGGUGUAGCUUGGAGAUCCCAUCUAUUGCUCUUAUGCUACUCUAUGAAGAUCUUGUCUGAUGCGUCUAAUCUCUCCAAACCUCCGGAAUCAUUUGAUCACCGUAAGCUCUUUGGUUUGCGUUCCCGUUCGGCUCCUCUUCCAUACUUAUUGUCUUGGCUGUUGCAAUCUCGUCCGCACCCAAAACUUGCUACCGAUCAAGGUGGUGAGAAUGCUGAUUCAGACAUUGACUUGGCUGACUUGUCUGAUUCUGAUCAAGAGGAAGAGGAGGAUGAGUAUGAUCAGCUUCCGUCAUUUAAGCCUCUCAAGAAGGCUCAGAUUGCUAAGCUUAGCAGAGAGCAGAGGAAGGCGUACGCUGAGGAGUACGAUUAUAGGUUUAAGCUCCUCCAGAAGAAGAUGUGGAAAGAGGAGUUGAGAAGGAUGAAAGAAAUGAAGAAGAAGGGCAAGGUCAGUGAAGAGGAGUACGGUUAUUUGGGUGAAGAAGAUCCAGAAAAUGGUGCUCCAGCAGCUGUGCCGGUGGCAUUACCUGAUAUGGUUUUGCCGCCUUCUUUUGAUGGUGAAAAUCCAGCUUACAGGUACCGGUUCUUGGAGCCGACUUCUCAGUUCACGGCAAGGCCAGUGUUGGACGCGCAAGGCUGGGACCAUGACUGUGGGUAUGACGGUGUCAACCUUGAACAUACUCUGGCCAUUGCUAAUUCUUUUCCCGCAGCUGUUGCUGUUCAGCUUACAAAGGAUAAGAAAGAGUUCAAUAUUCAUUUAGAUUCCUCGGUUGGUGCUAAGCACGGGGAGAAGUGGUCGAGUAUGCUAGGGUUUGACAUUCAGAACAUCGGAAAGCAACUUGCAUACAUUGUCCGAGGAGACACCAAAGUCAAAACUUCCAAGAGGUUCAAGAAUGCUGCCGGAGUAUCUGUGACAUUCUUGGGUGAAAAUGUGUCCACUGGAUUCAAACUCGAACAGGAGUAUGCGGUUGGCAAGCGCCUGGUAUUGGUGGGUACUACUGGUACUGUCCGAUCUCAGGGCGACUCAGCAUAUGGAGCAAAUUUGGAGGUGCGGCUGAGGGAGGCAGAUUUUCCGAUUGGCCAGGAUCAAUCCUCAUUGGGUCUGUCUCUCGUGCGGUGGAGGGGUGACUUGGCCCUGGGGGCAAAUCUCCAGUCCCAGUUUUCCCUCGGCCGCAACUACAAGAUGGCUGUUCGUGCAGGGUUGAACAACAAGCGCAGCGGACAGAUCUCGAUCAGAACAAGCAGCUCCGAACAACUCCAACUUGCGCUCAUUGCCGUGAUUCCGGUUGUCAAGGCUAUCUACAACAGCAUCUGGCCCAGAGCCAGCGAGAACUACUCCAUCUACUAAGAUACGUUCUAUUCAUUUUGUCAUCUGUUUCCGUUCUGUUAUGUUUACGACGUCGAUGUUUUGAUAUUUUGUCAAAUAAAGUUGAGAUUGCGCGAUUAGUUGUAUCGAAAACGAGAUGGAACCUAGAGAGCGAGUUUAUUCAACGAGAUGGUGCUGUAAUAAUCUCGGAUUAUGUAUUAAUCAUUCCUAGUUAAUGACAAGUUUUGAGUUUAUUCAGUUAA